GCUUAAGAAAAUAAGAUCCGUUAAAGACAUGGACGGCGCUCAAACGGAACUACUGCAUCGUGAUGCGGCAUUCUGCAAUGCUCCAAAGUGAGAACAUUUCGUUGAUGAAGAAGAGUUGACGACUCGAGAUCAUUGCACGCUGCCAACCAAUCAGCACGCGCCCCUUCUUCGCACGUCACGACUCCGCUGACCAGUGAGCGCGCGCUCUGGGCUACAUAAGCCGCCUUCUCCUCCCCGCCUGUGAGAAUCUUUGCCCUCACCAAGCCAUGGCUCGCACCAAGCAGACGGCUCGCAAGUCCACGGGCGGCAAGGCCCCCCGCAAGCAACUCGCCACCAAGGCGGCCCGAAAGAGCGCUCCGGCCACGGGCGGCGUCAAGAAGCCUCACCGCUACAGGCCCGGCACCGUCGCUCUGCGCGAGAUCCGCCGCUACCAGAAGUCCACCGAGCUGCUCAUCCGCAAACUGCCCUUCCAGCGCCUCGUCAGGGAGAUCGCGCAGGACUUCAAGACCGACCUGCGCUUCCAGAGCUCCGCUGUCAUGGCUCUGCAGGAGGCCAGCGAAGCGUACCUUGUCGCGCUCUUCGAGGACACCAACCUGUGCGCCAUCCACGCCAAGCGCGUCACCAUCAUGCCCAAGGACAUUCAGCUCGCCCGCCGCAUUCGUGGCGAGCGCGCUUGAACGCCCAGCUCGGCCCUCAAAGCACAACACAAAGGCUCUUUUCAGAGCCACCACUUACUCGUGAGAAAGCUUCCAUGUGUGUCCUUCAAAGUUCGGGUGCCGGAAACCUUCGUUUGCUGGUCACGGCUCUCACGAGUCGUCAGGCGUAAGCGACAAUGAAGUUCAUUUCUAUACCCCG